AUGUCUACCAUGCAACAGCCCAAUGCCACUGAGAACAUGGCCCCCACAGACGGAGGGAGCUGGCGUCCUCCGGGGGAGAAGUCCCUACCGCGGGUGCAGACUCAACGGGCUACGGACCCUCGUACGUCUAUAGAAGACUACAGCCGCGUCAUGCUGGAGUAUACCCACCAUCGCAUGGCCAAUUUCGCCGACUUGGACGACGACCGAGGAUCCUCACGGAGCCGCAGCAGCAGAGGCAGUGAGACCAGCGGCAGGAGUGGCACUUCGUCCGUCAGCAGCCUGUCCAAGGGGGCCGUCCCUACUUCUGCUGGCAUCAGCCAUCACGAUUUUGCCUCUUCCGAGACUAAGGCGAAGCCUAGUCAAAACAACAGCAAUUCCAAUCAGACAUCUUAG